AUAUUUUCUUAUAAUGUGUUCUGUGGCAGUUGAAUUGACAUGCAAAAAUAUAUAACAGGAAAAAUACAAUGGUCCAAGACAAUUAUUAUGAAUAGUUUUAUUUUCUUGCAUGUUUUUGUGUCUACAAACUCUGGGUUGAUGUGAUAAUAGGUUAAGUAGGGCAUAUUUCACACUAAUUAUAUCAUAUCAGUGUCAAAAAUUCUAUUUUACUUCGUUUGUCAUGAUUAAAUUUUACUUGGUCUAUUCAAAAUGGAGAAUAACAAUAAAGAAUCUUUCACUUUACUUGGUAUGUCAGAUUCAGGAAGUGAUUCAGGAUCCAUUCCAGAAUUUGUGGCACCUCGAAAGAAGAAAGUUAGGAGGCGUGUGAGAGGCUCUAGUGGACAUCGUGUGAGGUAUCGAGAACCAUGCACCUGUAAUGCACGAACAGUUGGUCUGUCUUUAGCUGCAACACUUUUAUUAUGCUGGUUGAUUGUACUUAGUUGGCUUGCUGUUGUGUUGCAUAAUGAAUUGAAAAGACUUGAUGCUAAUGUAAAUAAUGUUGUUGCUGGGAGCCAAGGAGUUACAGAUGCUUUACAGAAAUAUCAUUCACUAUCACGGGGUUUGCAGAAAAAUCAAACUGUGUUAUAUGCAAAAUUGGAAGUAACACCAAUGCAGUACACCCUCCAUGAGUUGCAAGAAAAGUUAAAAGCUGCCCCAGAACUUGUCAAUGUGCCACAGAAUCUUAAAGAUUUAAAAGAAAAUGUUGCAUCUUUUGGUAGUCAAAUUAGAGAUUUCAAUACUACUGUAACUGAACUUAAGAAUCAAAAUAGUCAAUUGUUAGAAAAAACUAAUAUGCUAGUCAAAAAUAUAACAAACACUGAGCAAACAGUUGAAAUGCUAUUGAAUGCAAGUCAGCAAAAUCAUGGAACAUCUGCUGCUUAUGGGGAAGAGACAAAAGCCAUCCUUUCUUUGACAAAUCAACUUUCUCAAAAUAUUACCAGAGUGAAUGAAACUCUGAGUAAUAAAUUCCAAUGGAUAGAUGACGAACAAAAGAAAGACAAAAAAGACUUGGAGGAAUUGCAGGAAUUGGGACAGAGUAUCAGUGCAAGAGUGACCACUCUUGAAGGAGAGUGUCCAAAAUCAUCAGCCAAAAUCACUGCCUUACAGCAACAGAUUGAUAAUAUAACACAUUUGGUUAUGUCUGAUGAAGGACAGUUACGUGAUUUAAACAAUCGUUUUGUGCUGUUUCAAAGCAAUAACUCACAACUACGUGAAAUGGUGAAUAAUAUGCAUGAAGCAAUUUCUCAAUUGAGUUCACAAAUGUCGACCUCUCCAGCAACACCAAAUGGAGAGGUGCCAUAGUAAAUCAUCAAAAAUUUACAUCUCUUCAAUUAAUUUUCAUAUAAAGUUCUACUGCAGUGAAGUGAAAUUGUAAUAUAUCUAUACUUUGUACCAAUUACUACAUAGGACCAAAUUGCAAUUUGUACAAAACAAUGGAAUGACUGAGUGAGGUACCAGAAGUAAAAUAAUACGUGGAAAGUAAAAUAUCAAAAGAUUGUAAAGUUGUAAAUUUUAUUAGUGGCUUUGUGGCAUUUUAUUUGUGUAUAAUAUGUCACAAGCAAUCAGUAUUGAAAUUUCCUUCUAAUAUGUAAUUUGAUUUGUAGUGAGGAGCAUAUUUUAAAUGUUAUACUAGUUACACAAAAUGUGUUUCAAGGCAGCCUAGUAGUGCAUUUCUAGUUUCUGACAUUCAAAUGUUUUAACUUCCAUUCUUUGAUUGUUGUUGAUUGAUAUUUAAUGAUAUUUUCUUUAAUAUAUAUACAUUUUUUUUGGACUAGGAUACAGAAAUAUUUAUCACUUGGCACUGAGUAAUUGAAAUUAAUUUGUACUGUGCAACUUUUUGGAAAACAUACAUAUUAUGUUGAAUAGUGAGGAGUUAUGAAUCAACACAAACUUGAAUAUUUAUUCAAUUCAAGUGUAAGGCUGUAAGACCAUUUGUCAUAAUCAACAUAUUGUCUUUUUCAUGAACUUCCUUUUCAAUCUUAAGACAGAACAGGAAAUAUGAAAUAUUUUACAUUACGAAGAUGUCAUUCUCAGAUGUCAUUUUACAAAGCAAACAUUUUGCUUAUUUGCAUUACAUUUUUUAAUUAUUUCGAGAAAAAAAUAAUUAAUUAUUAUUGAAUUUUUGAAAAUAUGGCUUCUAGGAAUGUACAAUCAUUUUGUACAAACAGUUGCAAAAUAAUAGAUAACAUUUGUAAUUAAGUAUUUGGGAAUAUUGUGACUACAUAAUUCUAAUUUCUAAAUUUCAAUAUUUCAUUUUUUAAUUAUUUUUGUUAUGUAUGUUUCAAUUGCUAUUUUAAUUUAGUUGUCUUGGAAAACAUAAAUUUUAUAACUCAAUCUUUCCCAUUUGUACAUGUGUUUGUAAAUUCCCUGAGGGCUUAGAACUAGAGGAAACUUCUCAAAUGAAUUUUUGAUCUCAGAGAGAUGUUCAAAAUAUUGUUUCAAAAUUUACGACAUUGCACAUAAUGAAGGACAACUCCUACCAUCCAAAGAAAUUAAAAGUACAUGCUCACACACUUAUUAAGAAAUGGAUAGCUUUCAAAUGUUUGUUUGUGUGUGAAUGUGUAUAAACACCUGUGUUUAUUAAUCUUAAAUGUUUACAUGUAAUUGAAUUAUGCCAUAUUAUUUAGUAAAAACAAAGUAUGUGUUUUUAUAAAUGCAACAUUUGAACAAAGUUUUGAAAAAAUUGAGUUUACUUAGCAGUUCUGUGUACUUAUGUUUUCAAAGUAGAACCAAUUGUGGGAGACCAUGCUUUUAAAGGAGCCUAGCACUGUAGUAUUACAUUAUUUUCCUUUUAUAUAGCCAAAAGAUAAAAAUAUUAAUUUAAAUAUUCUAAUGUAUUAUUUUCAGAGUAUAUUUACUUGAUUUUCUACUGUAAAGGUACUAUCUUUAUGAAUAUGUGAAGGCUGAUGUAACAUAAUUUGAAAAUAUUUUUAAUUACAGUAUAUGUAUUAUUAUUGUUAUUAUAUACAGUUAUUUACACCUUUAUUUUGUAUUUGAUUAUUAGAGCAGACUUGAUAAGAUGAACUUUCCUUAAUAUUUUGUUUAUUUAAUUAUUGCUUCUUCAGAUUAUUAUGAAUUAGUUUCACAAUGAUUCAGAAAAUGAGUUAAUUGCUGUGAAGAAUGUAAAACACCUUUUUACCAUGUACUAUCUAAGUGUGGUGAAUAUGAAAAUAAAAUCAAUUUGUUAUAACAUUCUAUACAACUGAAGAGCAUGUUGUUUUACACUCAAACUUUAACAUUUGUGUAAAUGAUUCAUGUGGAAACAAAGUAUUAUUACUGUCAAUUUCUGAGAAAUACCUUUUUAUUCAAAGUUCCUGGAUUUCCUUUUCCAGUUUGAGAACAUGCAAAAAGUCUUCUUGAGAAGAAAUUAUCAAUAAUAUUAUUCUAUUCCUUCAGAAAAUUGUAAUUAAUUUCAUUUUAAUUCUUUACCUUUUAGUUUGUUGCAGAAGUCCCAAAUCUCCAAAUCUUAACUUUUUUAAAUUUUUAAAUAUCAAUUUGCACAAAUUGAAAUGUGUGACAGUAUUAUCUUCAGAGAUUGUCAUAGUAGGAUGCUUCCAUCUGGUCUUUCCAUCCAAUGCAUCGUUUAUGUCUUUCAAUUUGCAAUUUUAAAAGGUGGAGAUAUAUUGUUCAUUUUCCAUUACCAUUAUUGAAAAUGAUAUUGAAGGAGGGAUAUACUUUUUGUGAUUUCUCCACAGACAAAAGAAAACUGCACUCAUACAAAAAUAUCUUGUUUUAGUUGAACAUUUUUAUGCAUUAAAUUGAUGCAAAAUGGAUAACCAGAGCUGUAUUUUCUAUUUUAUGUAUUAGAUUCUAAGUCAUCAGUAAAUAUUUGCACAAAAAUAUGUCUUUGAUUUUUACAACCUUGAGACCAUAUUCUUGAGAUUAAAAAGGGAAAUGACCUGUCUUACAUUACAACCAAAAGACGUAUUAAUGCAAUCAUUUACUUAUGUAAUACUAACAAAUAUGGCAAAUAUACAACCAUCAUCCUGAGACCAGUGUCUCAUGCUGGAUGUUAGAGGGGAUAUGAAGCAACACCUAUGCUACAAGUGUCAACUUUCAUUUUAAGAUAAUGUCAAUGGUCACUCUGCAAUACAUUUGUGUUAACUGAAAAGCGAUAAAUAUAUAAUUUUACUUAAAGUAAUUGUUAGUUAACUAUCUACACUAAUUUCAG